AAGUGCAUAAAGUGAAUGAUUUGUAAGAGGGAGCGAGAGAGCAAGAGAGCGAGAGAGGGAGACUUUAAAGGGAGCCAGUGGAAUGUUAUCUCUCAAAUCAUCACAGGCACGAGGACAGGCACGCGUGGCUGUAAGGAUGGCUGGAGCAAUGUUGUCCUAAUCCACGGGAAACAGAAAGGACAGCCUGAGACGACACUUUCGUAUCUAAUCGAUCUUAUCUGAGGACGCGUGUCCAUUGUUAUCUACGCACGGGUCAGAGGGCAACACAUGUCCGAGCGUGCGUUACCGGUCCUGUUAUUUAUAUCCAUUCUGUAAUUCUGCUUUCGGAAAUUUCAUAUAACAACACGAAUCUACGUUGCCGGCUGCGUGGAAUUAGUGGCGAGGAAAAUACUACUGAGAAAUGCUGUUGCUGAAAUAAAUAUUGAGAAAGCACAAUGGACAGAUGAAUAUGAAUCACUGACUGAAAACAGACUUGAUAAAAAGGGAUUUGGGGGAAUAAAUUGAUUCUCUUCCGAUACAUCAUCAACAGAGGGUAGUUAACAAUCAGUGCACUUUUGAAGCCUUGAUCAAACGGAUCUGAAAAUGAUGCUGAGCCCCGAUCAGACGGAUCCUGACCUCACCUGGACACAGCCGGACACGGAAUGUCUGAACGUCAUGAAGGUGGAAUGUGUGGCUCACGAACCCUUAGAGGCCGAGGAUGGCAAGACUCGUGCACUCGUGCCAGCCGCGCUCACCAGAGAGGAGAAGAGACGGAGGAGGCGCGCCACCGCGAAAUACCGUUCUGCGCAUGCCACGCGCGAACGCAUCAGAGUGGAAGCGUUCAACGUAGCGUUCGCUGAGCUUAGAAAGCUGUUACCAACACUUCCACCCGACAAGAAGCUGUCCAAGAUAGAAAUACUUCGCCUAGCUAUCUGUUAUAUUUCUUAUCUUAACCACGUUUUGGACGUUUAAACGAACUUCGGCACAUUUACCAGUACUUCAAAACAAAACUCCACAAGUGUGUAUAAAGAAUACUUUUAUAGACAUUGAGAAGUAGCAUAUUCCAGCAGCUCACACAACUACUAAAAAAGAAAGAAAAAAAGAGGGUAACACCUUAUAAUUACUUUCAGAAAUAAGCCUAAGCUAUGUUUUGUUGUCUGUCCCCGCUAUUUAAGAAAGGAAAUCGGAACAAAAUAAAUGGAGGAAACCUUUAGUUAUGAUAAAGCAUCACCGAAAAAUUAAUGUAGCUAUCGCAAUAAGUGAAGCUGCUUGUUUUUUUGAUAGUGUAGCAGUUUAUAGCUUUUCAAAGAUUAGCUAUCCAACAUCACAAGCGCAUUUGUGGCAAUAAUUUGUUUUGGAGAGAUUUCACUUGGACUGGAUCUUACAUAAACGAAACAAACAGCAUUUAUCUUUCGCAACCUUGUUAUAAAUCAAGCUGAUUUUAUAGGCUACGACCCGUCUGGAAAAAUGUAUAGGCUACUUCUGUGUGCUGGAACAAAUCGUAAUCUUGUUAGCUGUUAAUUUAUAUUUUCUUGUUUAUUUAUUUAUAAAGUAAAUUAAGUUAUGUGAGUGUCCUUAAGAUAGCAUAUCUAAAGUGUUUACGUAUAUAUGUAAAUAUUUAAUGUUUUAUUAAUAUUCCUAUUUUAGACUGAUGUCGCAGAGUUUGGGUUUACCGUUGCUUUCCACUUGCACUUUUAAUUGGCAGUUUUCUUAGGAGUAGGAGGGCCUUCGCUGUGUGUGCACUACGGUUAUUAUAAUGGUGUUGCUGUUGAUGUCCUGUCCUAUGAUAACGAGAAGCACUUCCCAUCGGAUAGGAUCUAUUGCUGUAUUGUUUAUUUUGUUUACAAACUGCUCAUAGAUAGCGCUUUGGGUACCUGAUGACUUGUGGUGGUUUAAAAGUACAACAAAAUGAAAUCCCAAUCAAUGUCAGAUAAAUAAUUUGGCCAUACACAUUAAAAAAAGCGUGCUGCCUGCCUUCCAAGUCUACAAGCUACCCAUAGACGCUCUCUCUGCUGCGACCAAAAA